GUGAAGGCGCAGCUCCGCCAGGCAGUGACGCAAUGACGUAGGCAGGAAGACUUUAGCGAAGCUUCUUCUCAACUUCGCCCCUGUCAGUCUGGUAAUGUUUGUACAGUUAAACUACUGACAAUGCCUGUGGAGAGUCUGCCAAUACGGGAUGCGUCCAUUCAUUUCCGUUUACUACAGCAGUAUCUGGUUCUUCUGAAGAAAUAUCCCAUCCUUACCAAGUCUGUAACGAGUGGCAUCCUCUCAGCUCUAGGAAAUCUGCUUUCUCAGAUUUUGGAGGCAAGAAAAAAGGCCAAGAAUGGAGCCACAUGCAAUGAGAUUGACACAGCUGGAGCUGCACGCUAUGCCAUUUAUGGGUUUUUUAUUACAGGACCGGUGAGCCAUUACUUUUACCAGCUGAUGGAAGUGUGGAUACCUGCCACAGACCCGCUCUGCAUAGUCAAACGUCUGCUACUAGAUCGGCUUGUUUUUGCCCCCGGUUUUCUGCUCAUUUUCUACUUUGUUAUGAACAUCCUGGAGGCUAAAGGGUGGAGAGACUUUGAAAAGAAGAUGAGAGGAAGUUACUGGACUGCUUUAAAGAUGAAUUGGAAAGUGUGGACUCCCUUCCAGUUCAUCAAUAUCAACUUUGUGCCUGUUCAGUUCAGAGUGCUGUAUGCCAACACAAUCGCCUUAUUUUGGUACGCCUACCUUGCAUUCUGUGAGGAAAUGACGCUUCCCUACAUUACCUCACAAAAAAACGCCCAAAACGGAUUUGGAGGAAAGUGCUUCUUCACAGUGGCUUCAACAUUUGGCUGUUUACUGUACUUUCACCCGUUUCUAAUCUAGAUAACAACUCUUACAUACCGUAAUCUGUAUACUCCUAACAAACCUUUACUAUGAGUUUAAGACAAUAAAACAUACUGGUAUGAUAUGUUCGGAUACAUGACCGUUUGUAAUUACGGAACAUGUAGAAUGUAUUUAAUGUGUUUUUUUACAAAGCACUGCUAAAAACUUGUAAAAAUGUAAUCGUAAUGUAGUAGUAUAGUACUGUACUGUAGUAAACAUUGAUUAUGAUUGAGACACUCUUUUAAAUAUUGGAAUAAUGUACAUUUGAAAUUGAUGCUAAAGUGUUCCCUUCUGGUUACUUCUUGUGGUUUUGGUCUGUACACGGUACAGCUCCACCCCUGAGCUGAAGACAAUACAGUAGGAAAUGAGAAGAGACAUGCAAUUUACAUUUAGAACUUUAUUAUAUUUUUUAACAGCGUACAAAUAACGUUACCUGAUUAAAACGUGUGAAAAUAAGAUUAUAAUAUGCUUUGUUGUGUGUGUAUAACAUAUUUUACUGGAAAAACCAAAUACUGAAUAAAGCCUAAACAAGUUUUUAAGAUAUGGCACAAUUACA